AUGGGGGUCGCACCUCACUUUCCCCCCAGGUCGCACCUCCGUUUACCCCAGGUCGCACCUCCUCCUACCUCCUCCCGUCCCUCACCCCCAUGUUCCUUCCCAACCCCGCCCUCAGCACAUUUUAUCUCCUCCCUUCCCUUCCCCCCCUUCUUUCCCUCAAGUAAUCCCCUCCAUCCCCCCGUUUCCCCCCUCCAUGCCCUCAUUCCGAUCCCUGCUUCCCCUCAUUUCACCAUUUUCUUCCCCUCAUUUCACCAUUUUCUUCCCCAUUUCCCUACUACUUUCGCUUGGUUUCCCCCCUCCCCCCUUCCGCCACCCGCCAUGUCGCAGCCUCGUGACCGCCACGGAACCGCCAGCUGCACGUUUCACAAGGCGCGCGAGAUGCGUCCGUUCGCGUGCCAGCACCUUUCCCCAUCACCCCGAACGCCUUCCUCUAGACCGCAGGUUGUGGUGAGUGCGUCCUUGGUGGGUGAGGUGGCAGGGGUCCCGUGGCAGCAGUGUGGGUGCGAGGGGCAGACACGUGGUGGGUGCGGGUUUAGAGUGGGAUGUUCAUCUCCCCUGCUCCUAUGCCCAUUUCUAUCACACCUGACUUGCAUAGAACCCUCAUCCAAGCCUCCCCCCUGUCAUCCUAUGCCCACCCUGUCCUCCACCCCCCCAUGUUCUCCUCUCUCUCCUCCGUCAACCUCCCUCCCCCAUGUCAUCCUCUCCCCCCCAUUCUACCUCCGUCCCCCCUGUCCUCCUCUCUCCCCCGGUCCUCCUCUUUCCCCUCUGUCCUCCUCUCUCCCCUCUGUCCUCCUCUCUCCCCCUGUCCUCCUCUCUCCCCCCGUCCUCCUCUCUCCCCCAUCCUCCUCUCUCCCCCCGUCCUUCUCCCUCCCCCCUGUCCUCCUCUCUCCCCCCUGUCCUCCUCCCUCCCCCCUGGUCCUCCUCUCUCCCCUGGUCCCCCUUCACUCCCCUUCUCAUUCCUUUCCCGUUGCUUUCCUUAUGCCCUGCCAUUGCUCUGCCACUCUCCUCUUUUCCCCGCGUGCUUAG